AUGGCUGGACUUGUCGCCAUCGACAUCGUAUUCCGUAUCCCUGGCAAUCAAUCCCUAGUCUGGUGCAGCGACAACAACGAGCCUGCAGCCCUGCAGGUCCAGCAGCCGUUCCUCGUGCGCACCCGAGACAUUGUGGACGAUUUGGUGUGGGUGUGUGGUGCGGCGGCCAAGGUCGGCUUCUCCGCAAGCUAA